AUGCCUACUCCCUCUGCCGCUCCUCUCAUGCCCGCACACCUUGCUCCAGCACCUUUGAUUGGCAAUGACGACGAGAUCAACGAGGACGAUUGUGACCCCGACAUGCCCGACCUAAUGGACUUAUCUGACACAGAGUCAGAGGGCGGCUUCGAUUCGGACGACGACUCAGACGACGACUCAGACGACUCAGAUAACGAUUUCCCCCCCGCUCGUGAGCUUAUCAGACGGGCACUGGCUUCUCGGGCGCCCAACAAGUCCCUUUCCCAGUCAAGCCUCAAUUCAUUCUUUCCAAGCCUAACUCGAGUGCAGGCAGAGGCCGAGCGGGUCAGGACAAAGCCCGAUCGACUCGCAGAUGAGGCCGAUGCACGCGAGGAAGCCGAGCGUCAAGCCCGCUUACGAGAAUCGAGGAAAAGGGGCAUGAAGCGAGAGAAAGAGAGGCUGAGGAAGCAAGCCCAGCGGAGGCGAGUCAGGGAACGAAAGAGAGGCGAAGCGUUAGCACCCCCCGCCAUUCCCUCAUCUACAUCAUCCCCCGACAGCCCCGCACCCUCCUCAUCACUCUCCACCUCUACUCCUUUGCUACCACCCUCCGAUUUCACAACCCCAGCACCUCCCAUAGACACGCCCCCAAUCACGUCGGCUGAACAUACACGACCAUUCCGUGCAUUCAAGGAGUUCUCGCGCUCCACUGAUCCUCGAGGCCGCAAACGAAUCCACGAGCCAGCAGACGCGGUACGAACGAACUGGACAAAUCCGCUGAUCUUCCAGCAAAUCGACAACGCUGCCCGAGCUGUGGGCGGUGACUGGUCUCCGAAGCAGAUCGCCUCCCUGCUCCAUCGCGCGAACCCUCAACAGUUCAGGACACUUAACCGCCAAGUUCUCGGGCGGUGGAUUGAACGGCUCCCGAAUCAACCGCCUCGUUGGAGUGACAGCGUACUGGACCGGGUGGCUCUUGGAAACCGGCCACAAGGUUCUGUCACCCGCUUUGGGAUCCUGGAUGCUUACCCCGAUCUGGCCGAUGAGAUCGCACAGCAGCUGCAGCAGCUGCGUUUGGCAG